CAGACCAUCAGCCGUAGGCGUUCGAGUAGCUCCGGCAGCCAAGCGUCAACGUACUGAACAGUCCAUCCCUAACACAGUAAGAGAACGAGUGCUGAACGAGUGGUGAGGUAGCUAGCAAUGGGGAGGUCGCCAUGCUGCGAGAAGAUGGGGCUCAACAGGGGCCCGUGGACGGCGGAGGAGGACAUGACCCUAAUCGCUCACAUCGAGCGACAUGGGCACAGCAACUGGCGGGCGCUGCCAAAGCAGGCCGGGCUGCUCCGCUGUGGCAAGAGCUGCCGCCUCCGGUGGAUUAACUACCUGCGGCCGGACAUCAAGCGCGGCAACUUCACCGGCGAGGAGGAAGACGCCAUCAUCCAGCUCCACGCCAUGCUCGGCAACAGAUGGUCCAUGAUCGCGGCGAGGCUACCGGGGAGGACGGACAACGAGAUCAAGAAUGUCUGGCACACGCACCUCAAGAAACGACUCGAUUCGUCCAUGCCGUCCGCUGCGCCCAAGCGCAAAACCAAGAAGCCCGCGGCUGUGACGACCGUGAUUACACACGACAGUCCGACCUCCGCGCCAGUGCUGCCGGAGCAACCCAUCUCGUCGUCCGCCACCAACUACUCGAUGGCGAGCUCGUCGUUGGAGAUCACGGAAAGCUUCAGCCCGGACUCGCAGGAGUUCGAGAUUGACGACAGUUUCUGGUCGGAGACGCUGGCAAUGACGGUGGAAAGUUCCGGUUCCGUGAUGGAAGCAGGCGAUCCCCGGGUCGCAGACCGUGCUUCGAUGCCGUCGAGCAACGCCGACAUGGACUUCUGGGUACAACUGUUCAUGCAGGCUGGUGACAUGCAGAAUUUGCCCCAGAUUUAGACACGGCCCCUGGACUGGUUUCUUGUUCAUUUUUCUCUGUCACUAUUCUUUGAAUCUUUGGCAUGCAGAUGCAGCACGCGUUUUGCUACGUGUAUAUCAGUACAUAUCUGUAAAAUGAAGAGCAUGUGAAAUACUCCCUCCGAUCGGAUUUAAUUAACGCAGCCACCACUUAGCAUGCAGAAGUAUUUCUCCUCGUGGAUUAAAACCGAUCAGAGGUACUACAAUGUAAUCGUUCAUGGCGGUGUUCAUCAUAUAAGAUAAAAAUGUACCACUGCAGUAGGCGUUGACAACUUCU